AUGUACUGCUCCACCUUUGUAGUUCAAGCAAUCCUGCUUGAACUCUGCGCUGCCGGCUAUGUUCUGGAAACGAGCUACACGUCAGCAAAUUGGUUUGAUCAAUUUAGCUUCUUCACUUCGGGCGACCCUACUGCUGGCUACGUGAAUUACGUCGAUCAGUCAACAGCAACCAACAAUGGCUACAUAAACACCAGCAACGGGCUUGUCUACAUGGGUGUCGAUAGCACUAAUGUUGCUACCGGUAGCGGCCGAGAUAGCGUACGUAUCACGAGUAACGCAGCCUACAACUACGGCUUGUUUGCCCUCGAUGUCUCCCACAUGCCGGGCGGAAUUUGCGGCACAUGGCCCGCCUUCUGGAUGGUCGGUCCAAAUUGGCCUAACGACGGCGAAAUUGACAUCAUCGAAGGCGUCAACGACAACGCAAAUAAUGCUAUGACCCUGCAUACCUCGGACGGGUGCUCCAUCACAGAUGGCACCUUCACCGGUACUUUGACAACCUCGAAUUGCUACGUCUACGCCCCCGAUCAAUCAAACAAUGCCGGCUGCGAUAUUCAAAACCAGAACACGCAAUCUUACGGUAACAACUUCAACUCAAACGGAGGUGGUGUCAUUGCCAUGGAGUGGACCAGUAGCGACAUCAACAUCUGGUUCUUCCCACGCGGCACAACGCCCUCAGACCUCGAAGCAGGGACCCCCGACCCAGCGUCUUGGAAAGAGCCGGUCGCGCAGUAUCAGGGAGACUGCGACAUUCCAAACCAUUUUGCGGAUAUGCAAAUUGUCUUCAACACAGACUUCUGCGGCGACUGGGCCGGAGCUGUUUGGGGCACUAGCUCCUAUUGCUCCUCCCUCGCCGACACCUGCAACGAUUAUGUGCAGAACAACCCGUCUGCUUUCGCAAACGCUUUCUGGCUGAUCAACAGCCUGGAUGUCUAUCAGUCUGAUGGCGAUGUUGUAGCUGUAAGCCAUGUUGCUGUCAGUCCUGCUGGGCAUCAGAGGAAUGAGACGGCGCCGUUGUUGAGCACGCCGCUUGCUAUGGGUGGUGGGUUGCCCAACCCGCCUGGAAAAAGGGCAAUGAGAAGGGGAAGGAGUAUGAUGGGUGGGAACGGCAUCAAGUGA